GGUCAGGACUGAUUGGACUGAUUAUCAGCUUACUGAUUCUAUUGUGCUACAUCAAAUCUGAGGAAAUAGAUAGAAGCGAAUACAUUCUGAGACUUCUUCCUGAAUCUACUGGUCAAGGCUCGAAGACAACUUCCAUAUCCUCGAAGAUAACCUCUGGAAUAAGAAGAGCAGAUUAUCAAAGUUUAGAUAAAUGUUCACAAUGACACUGUAAAAAAUUUUCCAAGGCAUUCUCUAACUGCAUCUUUCUAAGAAGCUACUUUCAAAAUGGUCUUUUUUCAAAACAAAAUUUUUUAUUACAUACUAGCUGAAGAGCCCGGCGUUGCCCGUGAAAAAAAUGUAAAAUAUUUUUUUCCGUUAUAUAGACGUAAUUUCAAUUCUAACAUGUUCAAUCUUUAACUGCUAGAAACCUAUGCAAGAAGUUAUCAAUUUUCAGAUGGAAAAUCAAGGUUAUUUCAUUCAUUCUUGAGCAGGCAAAGGUUUAAAAUGUACUUUUGAGUCACUCUAUGAAAUUAUUUCUGCGGGACCCUUUUAGAAGUUUAGACAUUUUCUAUGCCAUGUGCGAGGGCUAAGAUAAACUGGACCAAGGCGCUGCGACAAUGCCAUGCUUAGACCAGAGCUCUGCGACAAUGACAUGCUUGGACCAGAGUGCUACGACUAUGACCUGCUUUGACCAGAGCACUGUGACUAUGAUAUGUUUGAACCAGAGCAUUUCGGCAAUGACAUGCUUUGAACAGAGCGCUGCGACGAUGACAUUAUUAGACCAGAGCUCUACGACUAUGACAUGCUUGGACCAGAGCGCUGCGGCUAGGACAUUCUUGGAAGAGAGCGCUGCGACUAUGACAUGCUUGGACCAGAGCACUGCGACAAUGACAUGCGUGUACCAAAGCGCUGGGACUAUGACAAGCUUGGACCAGAGCGCUGCAGCUAUUACAUGCUUGGACCAGAGCGCUGCGACUAUGACAUGCUUGGACCAGAGCGCUGCGACUAUGACAUGCUUGGACCAGAGCACUGGGACUAUGACAUGCUUGGACCAGAGCACUGCGACUAUGAUAUGCUUGGACCAGAGCGCUGUGACUAUGACAUGCUUGGACCAGAGCACUACGGCUACGACAUGCUUGGGUCAAAGCGCUGCGACUAUGAUAAGCUUGGACCAAAGUCCUGCAACUAUGACAUGCUUGGACCAGAGCUUUGCAGCUACGACAUGCUUGGAACAGAGCGCUGCGAAUAUGACAAGCUUGGACCAGAGUCCUGCGACUAUGACAUGCUUGGACCACAGCACUGAAGCAAUUCGACAUGCUUGGGCCAGAGCACUGCGACUAUGACAAGCUUGGACCAGAGCGCUGCGGCUAGGACAUGCUUGGAACAGAGCUCUGCGGCUAGGCUAGGACAUGCUUUUGAAAAAUGCUAUAAAACCCUUUGUAAAAACUUUCAGAUUGUACCACGUGUCUUGCAUGUAAAUUAACAAAUUUUUAAAAAGAUUAUUUAAUGUAAAAAUUUAGAUUUUAGCAAAAUGGCAAGUUAAUUUUUAUUUCAAAGAUUAAUUAAAGUUUCAAGACAUGAUGAUGAAUCAAUUUUGUGUACGGUAAGAACCAAAACCGAGGAAUAGGAAAACGUCAUUUAAGCAA